ACAAGAGAGCAAGGCUGCAAAUGAGAGUAACCGACUAAUGCUGGAACAAGCAUCAUCAGCUUCAAAUAAUUUAAUGAACAUCAUAGGUGCCCGAUUUGGAAAUCAAAACGAGAAACAUAACUUGGAAAUCGAUGAUUUAACACCAGAAGAGAUUGAAAGGAAGAAAACUAAGAAGGCUAAAUCUGAAGAACUCGAAUUGCUCAAGUUAGAAAGAGAAUUAGCUCAGGAACGCAAAGCUUUGACUGAAACGAGUCAGGCAUCAGGAUUAUCUAAACUUGAGUUGGCUAGAGAGAAGGCUGAUAUGAUUACAAAGUUUUGUUCGGUUGGUAUAUCCCUUGAAGAGGCUCGUACUAUGGCUCAGGAAAUCAUUGAUGGAAUGAAUUGAUUUCAAACGUUCAUGUGCUUCAUUAAUAAAGUUUUUCUCAAAUUGCUAAAAUCGAAAAAUUCAAAAAGUAAAGAUUUUGUUAUAUCUCCCAAUUUGCUAAAAUAAAAUACAAAAAAAUUAAAGAGUCCUGACUAGUUAUCCAAAAAUUUAUGAUUAUUUGGUUAUCUUCAAAUUGGUUAUAAGUGUUUAUGUUGUUCCCUUUUGUUAGAUGAUGAUCAGAAAGUUUUCAUUCAAAAAUGAUUGUUUUGUAGUGAUGUUUUCUCAAUAUUAAAAAGAUGCUGAAAAAUGUUUUUGUUUACCAAAACAUUUAUUUCAUGAAAAGCAGUUAUUCCUUUUUGCGUGCUC